AUGGCGGCGACGCACACGGGUAGGGGCAGCGGCGCCACGUUCCCCGCCGGCGGCGAGGCCGGCCGGCGGCUGGCGGGGCUGGCCCUCAGCCAGGGGAGCCCGGCGGCCCCGGGGCGUGCGGCUGCGGCCCGCGAGCCCACACAGGGUGGCCCCGCGGCGUGUGCCGGCGGCGGCGGGCGGCGGUCACGGCGGCGUUCUGACGCCGGUGGCCGCGGAAACGAGGGGAAAAAGGGCCAGGGAGCAGGAGGGGCUUGCGGGGAAGCUCACCAUGGGCUCGAAUCGGGCGGUGGACGGCCGGAGAAGGGAGUUCGACGAAGGGGGCGGAGCUCGGCGGGAACGACAAUGGUGGCCGGCAGUUUGGAGCUCGAUCCGGUCGGGUUUGGGCUCAAUCGAGCUCGGGGAUGGGUGGAGGAGUUGCGGGGCGAGGCUGCGCAGCUUGGGGCACGAGAUAUUGAGGCAGGGUGGCGAGAGGUGGCCGGCGCGGCGAGCGACGACACCUCUGCUCGAGCUCAGCUCCACGUGAACGCGAGGAAGGAGAAGGGGAUGAGGAUGAGAAGCCUCCAGAGCUCGCAAACGGAUAAGGCACGCGCGAAGGGCGAGGUUCGCCGGCGGUCACGACGCGUGGUGGUCGCCGGCGCUGUGCCGGUCGCCGGUAUGGGCGUCGGGGCGCGCACAGUGCAGCACAGGAGCAGCACAGUAAUCAUUUUGACUGAAUUUUGA